AUGAUUUUCAAGUCGGCGCUUUCCGCAGGAUUUAUUACUUCUGUUUUGGCCCAAUCUUGUAUCGUGUCGACCUCGAUCACCACGGUAACGCCCACAAUCACAGUCACCUAUCAGUCAUCAUUGUCCGCCACAAAAUUAUCCAGCUCUUCGGAACUCACCGUGUCGCUGUCGUCUGAAUCGACAUCUCUGAGCGUUUUUCCAACAUCAGACAUUUCUUACCCCCCUGAACCACUGGCUUCUCAAUGCGUUGAAGAGGAUGAAGACUGUGAAUGCGACGAUGACCCCGAGCCAACGUUGCUUCCGCCUCCCACAAGUGAUCUUAAUUCCACACCAACCGAAAACGUGACUUCCACACCCACAGAAGAAUACUCAUCAUCGUCGACUUACCUGGAACCCAGAGAAACAUGUAUUGAAGAUGACGAGGACUGUGAAUGUGACAGCGACAAUGUCGAACCCACCAUGACCCCCAACGUUCUGCAGUCCGAUUCAAGUGUCGACCAUUCUACUGAGCCCACGUUGGCACCUCAACCACUGCCUCUGGAAUGUCUGGAGGAUGAUGAGGAUUGUGUGUGCGAUGACGACGAACCAACUUUGACUCCCCAACCCACCAGUGCUCCCAGUCCAACUGCAGAGCCUGAAACUUGUGUUGAGGAUGAUGAAGACUGCGAAUGUGAAGUUGAUGAGAUCCUCACUACGACCAACCCUGAGCCAAGUGCUGGGACGACGUCGACAAAAGCAGUCCCCACCGCCGCUCCCACCUCGAAACUGGGAUCAAGUACCGGCGGUCAAGGACUUGUCAAGUGUAACAAACCCGCAGGCAUUUUCCUGUGGAUCUUUAGCUUGUUUGGCAAGCAGCAACAAUGCAAACAAAAGCGUGAUGACCACGAGAACGCCGCUGCAAUCCAGGUUACUUCAAUUGGAGUGAUCGGGGUUGCCGUUUUGGCCCUUGUUGUGUAA